AUGCGAAACAUAGCACUUCUAUACAAGAACCUUCAUUCUCGAUUUAUUUCCGUACCCUAUAUUCUUGCAACUUUAUUUCUGUUUUUGACGAUGCGGAAAUAUGUAUCUCCAAAAGACGGGAAUUUACGUGAGUUCCAAAGUGAAAAAAUUGCCGUUAUAUAUUCAUAUGGAGAAAAUUUAGGCAACGGUGGCAUUAUCGAUGAGUCUAAUCUUUCGUUUCUGAUUCAGGUGGGUAUUAGAGGAAAUGUUCCUGGAACGCGCGAUCCAAAUGAUAAAGUUGAUUAUAUCAUAGUAGCAAAUGGAUACAAAUGUACCCCGUGUGACAAUAUCCUUCCUAAAGUACUGAGUCUCCCUGAACUACGCGGAAAGGAAAGUGGUUGGGUUACAGUUUUGAGAAGAAGAAAUUUAGGUAUGGAUUUUGGUGGUUUUAUGUAUGCAAUUCAAUGGAUACAGAUGUAUCGGCGUGGUAAGUACAAAUAUUACAUAUUCUUGAACAGUUCCCUUCGAGGUCCUUUCAUGCCUAAAUGGACCCCAGAAAAUUUUCAUUUUACAGACGUUCUCAUCGACAGAAUGCGUAAAAAUGAAAAUCUCAAGCUUAUGGGUUCAUAUAUAUCUUGUCUUCCGGAGAUUGAGCCUAAGCCAGGUCCGGUCAUGGAAUCCUUGUUUUUUGCCCUCGAUUAUCUAUCCCUUGCACAUCUCGUAAGUGUAGGAAUAUUUGAUCCCCAAAAAGCGAAAAGGGAUUCAAUUUUGUCGAGCGAAUAUCGCUUACUCAGUGAGAUUUUAUCACGUGGCUGGUCUGCAGAUACGUUAUUGGCCCGCUACCGCGCCAACAUUGACUGGACACGUAAAGUGCACCACAGUUGUAACGAUAACCGACAUUCCAGUCGACGUGGUGCACUGGAAGGUGAUAUCUCUGUAAACAUUUAUGAAGCCAUUUUCGUCAAAAUAACGUGGUGUGUCCGCGCAAAAGAAGUUGCAGUCACCUCAAAAUGGCUCUUGCAACUUUCAAAUGAUUAUGACGGCACGGAGGGAACUUUUGAUAGAUUGGGAUACGAGAAUGGCAUAAGUAUUGGGGGUACAUCAGGUAAGAAUGGUACACUGAGACCAGAUGUUCCACAAGAUGGUUGCUACAUUGGUGACACAAGUGACAUACUCUUCGGUUAA